CAGUAGCGUCGCCGUGGUUACCGGACUCGGGCCCUCCCCUUGGGGCAGAGCCAUGGAGGUCUCUGGGGGGCCAUCUUCCAGAAAAGAGUCCACUGUGUCUGUUCCCAGCGAGUCACAACCAACGCCAGUACAGAUCACAGUGCUGAAGGCACAGGACCUGAAAACUCUCAAAAGCGACGUGUCAGUCACUUCGGUGUGUGUGGAGUACAACGGAGUGAUCCUGGGAGAGUCCUCCAGGACUGAGGUCCUGCCAAAUGGGACAGCAGACUACAAUUUCACAACCAGCUUUGAGUGCAGCCCCGAUGGGCCCAACUCCCUGGAUGACAUUGCACAAACCCCCAUGCUCUUGACAGUGAUAGAAAUGUUGCAAAAGGACAAGAAACAGAAGGAGAGGACCGCACCUCUUGGCCAAGCUGUGGUGGACCUUCUGCCUCUGCUGCAAGGACAGCAUUCAUUUCAGGUCACAGCUCCUUUAUAUGCAGUGCCUACCUCUCCAUCAGAGAACCUUCACCCAGAGGCCAAGGGUGGCCUUGAAGUGACAGUGAGCACCAAAGAGCCUCUGCUGUCUGCCACGCAGCUUUCAAACGGUAACUUCCUGAGCAUUACACUGGAGGCAGCUUAUUCUAUCCCUGAAGCGUUUGCUGCCACAGGACCCCUGCAAAACUACAUGGCUUGCUUGCAAGUACCAGCAACUGGGGAGAAAGAACUCCCCUUGCUCUUCAAGAAUGGCAUCCUGAAGCUUGCUGGUGAGAAAGAGCCAUUACCCCGGCCCAAAAAGUGGCCGCUUGCUAACAUUAUGGCCCCUGGCGCUCUGAGCAUACCUAACUCCUUCAUUGUUGGUGGCCCCUAUGAGGAUGAGGAUGGAGAGCUCAACAAAGGAGAGGACAGGGAAUUUAGGAUCCAAGCAGAAAGCAUGAAGAGAGUUGUGUGGGACAUGGAAAGUCGUUGUUACCUGGAUCCUGCUGCAGUAGUCAUCCUGCAGAAGCGCAUUGCAGAGUGCCAGUAUUGGCCCGUGGAGGUCUGCAGGAUAUCUGUGGCCUUACCCAGCAAAGGGAAAACCAGCAAAGCUGACAAGGGAGAUGAGGAAAAGCAGAUUUCCUUCCAUGGUGUGGCAUAUGUCAACAUGAUGCCUUUGCUCUGCCCUGGUGUGAAGCAGAUCCGAGGCGCUUUUCGUGUCUGUGCCUACCAAGACAGCAAAGUGUUUGAGAAGAGCAAAAGUCAGCACAGCAUUUUCCGAGAUCUCAGGAGGCAGCUCAGUGUGACGCGGGUGGGCUCGGGGACCUUAGGAAUGGGUGCUCCCCUUAUCCGAGCUGCUGCCAGCAAGACUCAGAAGGAAGACAAAUUGAAAAGCACAAAUAAGAGGAUGUCCCACACGCCCAAAAUCCAGUUGCCAAAUGGCACUGGAGAAGCGGAAAACGCCGUGCAGCUCAACCUUGAAGGACAGCAAUACGUUGAAGCAGGAACAUUCCUGGUGAUGGAGAUAAAGCUGGACAAGGCCUUGGUACCAAGGAGACUGCGAGAGGAGCUCACCGAACAGGUCAAGCAGAUGAUUCCUCCUCGCCCCCCGCUGCCUCCUCGGACUUCAGGAGCCCAGAAGGCUGUGGAAGAUUAUCACCACCACGUCACGAGCAUUGCUGCUGCCAUCCUAAAUGAAUGCCAUGAACUCUUUGGGAAGCAGCCACCUGACCAGGGAACGACAGACCACCAAACCCUGGAGGAACAGAAGCGUCAGCUCAACUUUGAGCUCAACAGCUCUGGCAAAUAUUUUGCUUUAAAGGAACAGCUAAAGUAUGCUGUAGUGAAGAUUGUGAGGGAGAAAUACCUGAAGACGACGGCGUUUGAAAGCCAGGAGAAAUUCCAGGCAUUCCUCAGUGAGCUCUACGUGUACCUCAUGGACCAGAUGCACAUUGCCCUGAACCAGCUGCUGUUUGAGGAAGCUGCUCCUUCUGCCCCUCCAUCCCACAUCACCCAGAAGCAGCUCUGGCUCUUUGCUCAUGAGGCUCAAGUCAUGAAGGACUACAAGCUGGCAUCUCUCUACCACCAGCAGAGGAUAGCUCAGGACCAGCACAACAUCGAGUGCUGGCUGGACUAUGGGGCAUUUUGCCUCCUGCUCGAGGAAACAACCAAAGCCCAUGAGUGCUUCCAGCAGGCUCUUUCUCUGGAUCCCAGUCACAUCCAGAGUUUGCUGCUCUGUGGGAUUACAGCUGCCAUGCUGCAGCACGAUGAAGAGGCAACGGUUUUAUUUGAGGAUGCCUGCUGCUUGGAGCCAUCCAGCGUUGUGGCCUGGACGCUUUCAGGUUUGUUUUAUGAGCUGCAGGAUAAUAAUAUUCAGGCAGAAAUGGCCUUCCGUGAGGCUAAGAAGCUCCUGCAAGCACAGCUCGCCAAGGAGAGGAGCAUCCCUGAGGCUGCUGAAGGAGAAGGAGAGAAGGUUCCAGAAGGCUCUGCUGACAAACUGCCAAAGGUGGUGGAGCCUGCCCCAGCCUGUGUGGCAACCGAGGAAGAGGCGACUGCACCAGAGGCAGCCCCGAAAGCUGGGAAUCUCCAGACAAAGCAGGUUCAUUCCGAUUUUCAGAGCAGCACAUCUCAGGACGGACAGCCAGCGGGUGAACGCAGCUCUCUCCCUACAUCACCAUCCCCUGGUUCAGGACUUGGACAACCUCCCUGCACGAUCUUCAUGAAGACAGUGGAAUUCCUGAUAAAAGUCAAUGCUGUCCAGUUUGUUCACAAGGCCCUUGCCCACGAGCUGCUGAGCCUCCAGGGAGGUCCCUUCAGUGAGUACUACCUGGCGCUGGCCCAGACUUACUUGCUGAAAGAAGAACUCUCCAAAUGUGAAGAAUGUCUCUGCGAGGCUGUUAGGAUUGACUGCAUGAAUCCAAAUGUCUGGGCUCAGAAAGGGCACCUCUGCUACCUGAAGAAAGACUUUGGUGAGGCAAAGGAGUGCUAUGAGCGAACCAUGGGGUUUAUGGAGGAUGCUGAGGAUAUGCGCUUUGUCUACCUGCGCCUGGGCUCCAUCUACCUGGAGGAGAAAUUGUACGGCCGAGCGAAGAAGAUCUACCUGCUCGCCUGCAAAGACUCCGCGUCCUGUCUCACCUGGCUGGGAGUGGGAAUCGCCUGCUACAGGCUGAAGGAGAUGGUGGAAGCAGAAGAUGCCCUCUCUGAAGCCAAUGCCCUCAAUAACACCAACGCUGAAGUGUGGGCAUAUCUCUCCCUCAUCUGCCUGCGUGGAGGACGGCAUAUGGAGGCAGAGCAGUGCUACAAGUACGUCAUCAAGCUGGGCCUGAAGAACGACGCGCUGCUGCAGGAGCUCCGCGCCGCGCAACUGCGGUUCGGCUUCGGCAACCCGGAGCUCUGAGCGCCGGCCCCGCAUAAACCCCGCGCCCCGAC